UUCAGUAAGUCUUCCUAAAAGCGAUAUUAAUUAAUCUUUAAUGCCUUCCAGCAUCAUAGGACUGGCUUUCAGCUUUCUCCAGUUUCCAGAUACUUAGGAAGCGUGGCAGCAAGAAGCCUGCUGGCAGUAGAUGUUUCUGAAGACCAUUAAUAGUCUGUGGAGUACAGGUUGAAAACCAGUGUGUGAUGACGCUGAUGAGUACAGAGCAUUGUGUUUGUGCCUGUUUGUGUGUGUACCUGUUAGCUCAUGUCUGAGCUAACUGGGAGCUGAUUUGGUGAGAUGCACGCCCAGGUGUGACUAACCAGGGUCUAGAGAAUAGCCCCUAUAAAUGAAAGAGGUCAGAAGAGAUGGCAUCUUAUUCUGCUGUUACUGGGUCAUAUGUGAAGCAGGUCCUGACUUAAGAUAAAAAACAACAUCAGAUUCAUCCCUGCAUUUCUCAUCCUACUGUAAGCUGCUUGGACUUGGUAUUAGUUCAACAGGGAGCAUCUACCGAAUCUUCUAAUUCCUCCUGUCACCAUGAAUUCCCACAAGCUGCCAUUCCGUUUGUGUCUGGUGCCCUUUCAUGGCAGCAAGGACCAUUUGAAAAUCCAGCUUUUUCAUAUGGGAGGUGAAAUGUUGCAGCCCAGCAGCUAAUGGGCGCUGCUGUGACCUUUGGAAGGAAGAAAGCAGUCACUGAAAAUGUGACCUGGACAGACAAAAUAGGGCUGCCCAGGGAUUUGCAGGGAGAUGGAAUGACUGACAGCCUUGGCUUGUCCCAGGAUCUGACAUUUGUCCUAAAAAUCGGAGCUGUCUUUAACAAAAUGGAGGAGUUACUGCCUCUGGAUGCUUCUGAGAUGUGGUUUACAUGAGGACAGAGUGGCUGGAAGGGAGAAUCAGACGAACCCGUUGGUCUCCGAACUUUGUUUUGGCUUUUUGUUAACUCGUCUCCUCAGCCUGGAAAACUGUUGUCUGUUCCUCUUUUAUGAUCUGUGUUCUGUUUCUUUUUCCACUGCGAUAGGGACGAGUUGCUUGGGGUGUUACCCUGUGUAUUAAUAAUAGAAAACCUGUGGAAGCUGGAUGGAGAAAAUAGAAAGCCCAGCUUUUCUCUGUAGAUUAUGCUGAAGUUUUCACACCCACGCACCGAAAUCUACUUAAAUAAACAGAGAAGUUUGACUUUUGGCAUAAGCGAGAUUUCUGUUUCAGGCAGCGCUGCGCGAAAAUUGUAGGCUUGGUGCUGCCAAUUCUUCCUCCUGUGUGGACUGGGUUUCUUUGUCUUGCAGUAAUGGUUCCUGUCUCGUAUCUGCUGUCCUUGUGGUGCCUCCUUUCUGGUGCCACUCGUUCUCUUUGCCAGCUCGCCCUUUAGCCCUUGGUGGCAAAUGGUUUCUGAACAAAGGGUGAGCUGGCAUCCUAGUUUGCUCAUGGAUAAUCUGUACCCAGGGAUGAUGGGCACUGUGUGUGACAGUUGGAUAAUAUUUAUCCUGAGAAGACUACGGAGGUGGUGUUGAUGUCUCUGUUCACCUUUCUGCAACAAGAGACGGGGCAGAUCCCUGUUGUAAUUUUAUCACAAAAUGGUGGGCUUCACCUUGCCCUUUGCAGCCUUAUCCACCCCCUGAGCACCCUAACUGAGGACAAUCGACCAUCUCCAUGUCUGUGAGGGAGUGGAGUUAGGAUCUGGGAGCCUGAAACUGAUCCAUCAUGUUGUCCUAAGGGGACAGAGCAAGUGUCAGGCUCUGUCCCCUCCACCUGGGGGGUCAGCAUGUGGUGGGACAGCAGAGGUGUGAUCCAAGACCAACUGGUCCAAACCUCCCUUCCCUCCCUAAACAAUUCGAACAGAUGGCAGGUUGCUCUGCAUUUGUUGCCUCUCUGGUGUCCUUGAGUCUGUUUUGCACUUUGUAAGAAUCAGAAAAUUGCCAUAAAUGACCCUCCAGGCCUUUGGGUGGUUAAUUUAGAGAAAGGUGUGGCUGGGAGACUGGCUGUAUGCUCCUCAGGUCACUUAGCUGACACUAUUGACAAGCCUGGCAUGUAAAAUCAUGUUUCAAUGCACUUAGGAAGGGAUGGGGUAAGAAGGGCACGUUAUUUGCCAGUUCUGCUCUCCGGGCAUCAGUUCCACCUGCCAGAUGGGGUGGUGAAACAGAACUUCAUCAUCUGGACUGACUCAAGCCAGCUUUAUGCAGUUGGUGGCUGAGAGCUUGCAGGUAUGAGUGUGACUCGGUUUGCCCUUCAGAAAAACCCCGGUGAUGUUGGUGACUGCUGAGCCUGGCUUGGUUUUGGCAUUCCAGGUGCAGUUUGCAAAGCAGGCAGGUGGAAUGGGUGUCUGUGGCUGAGUGUACCUAACCCCGAGUCCCUGACGCAAGAUCGGGCAGCCGGAACUUCUGUCUGAAAACAUGUGGUGCUGGAGCACGGCUGGUCGUACCCCUGCAGUAAAGUCUGUGUUUCUGUACCAAUGGGAGGAAACGCAGUGAGGCCGUUCAGUAUUUUCCAACGCGUCCCAGAUGUGCAACGAGUGGACACCCAGGAGCAACAAGGUUCAGACUAUUCUGCUAAUGGGAACGCAAGUGGAAUUUCCGAGGUGGGUUUGGAGAGAAACACUACAAGGCUUGAACAAGGCACAGCUGAGAGGACACCAAGCUGGGAAGAAGAGGAGCAGAAGAACACAACGAGACCACUUCCCGGGGCGGAGGAAGCCAAGGAGAAGGUGACUGUGAAACAACCCCCUGAGGUGGAGGGGAUCAGGAGCACUACAGUGGAAACAGCCACGAGGGUGGAGGGAAACAAGGAGAAAACAGCAGCGAGACUGGCUCCAGGGGCAGAGGAAGCCAUGCAGAAGGUGACUCUUAAACAGCCCCCUGAAGUGGAGGAAAUCAAGAGUACAACAGUGGAAAUAGCCUCAAAGGUGGAGGGAAACAAGGAGAAAACAGCAGCGAGACUGGCUCCAGGGGCAGAGGAAGCCAUGCAGAAGGUGACUCUGAAACAGCCCCCUGAGGUGGAGGGAAUCAAAAAUACAACGAUGGAAACAGCCACGAGGGUGGAGGGAAACCAGGAGAAAACAGGGGUGAGACAAACCCCAGGGGGAAAGGAAGGGGUAAAUGACAAGACAACGCCAAAAUCACUUCCCAGGGGAGAGGGAGCCAAAGAGAAGACAACAGAGAAACCAUCCUCUGGGGUGAAGGUAGCUCAUGGAGACAACACAACCAAAGACAAAACAACACCAAAAGACCCUUCUCUGUCAGUGAAAACCGUGCGACCCGUGACUCAGACUGCUGCAGUGACAGCAAAGAAGAGACUGAGGGCUGCUGACUUCAAGUCUGAGCCACAGUGGGAUUUCGAGGAUGAGUACCUGCUGGACAGCUCGGCUCCACCAGCGACCUGCUCCGAAUCAGUGAAGGCCAAGGCUGCCAAGUCGGACUGGCUGCGAGACCUUUUCCUGCCUAACAUCAUGCUCUUUACCGAUAAGAGGUACUUCAACGACAGGGAGUGGGACCGCCUGGAGCACUUUGCACCUCCCUACGGCUUCAUGGAGCUCAAUUACUCACUGGUGAAAGAGGUCAUGACAUUGCUGCCCCCACAGCCCCACCAGCAGCUGCUCCUGGCCAACAGCAGCAGAAACGAGUCAACGUGCAUUAGCUGUGCUGUUGUGGGGAACGGGGGAAUACUGAAUAACUCCGGGAUGGGCCAGGAGAUCGACUCCCAUGACUACGUGUUCCGGGUGAGUGGGGCUGUAAUCAAAGGUUACGAAAAAGAUGUGGGAACAAAAACCUCCUUUUACGGAUUCACAGCCUACUCCCUCGUGUCCUCUCUCCAGAUCUUGGGACACAAAGGGUUCAGCAAGAUUCCACGGGGAAAACAUAUCAGAUACAUUCACUUCCUGGAGGGAGCUAGAGACUACGAGUGGCUGAAGGCUCUUCUGCUGAACAAGGACAUCAGGAAAGGAUUCCUGAACCACUACGGGCAAAGGCCCCGGGAUAGAUUCGAUGAGGAUUUCACGUUGGACAAAUACCUGGUAGUUCACCCAGACUUCCUCAGAUACAUGAAAAACAGGUUUUUAAAAUCUAAAAGUCUGCAAAAACAUUACUGGCGGCUGUACAGACCCACAACGGGAGCGUUCCUGCUGCUGACUGCCCUCCACCUCUGUGACCAGGUGAGUGCCUAUGGCUACAUCACGGAAGGUCACGAGAAGUACUCGGACCACUACUACGACAAGGAGUGGAAACGGCUGAUCUUCUACAUUAACCAUGACUUCAACCUGGAGAAGCAGGUGUGGAAAAAGCUGCACGAUGAGAAUAUCAUUAGGCUCUACCAGAGAUCCUGAUUGCGUGGCAAGGGACAUUGCCUGGGAAAUCUCAACACCACCUCAAGAAGACCUCCAGAUGAGUAAGAGGGCCACCGGGGCCAGGGUUAGCUCUGGACUUCCAGGCACAGUUUCAUCUCCACAAAGAUAUUUCCCUCCUUCGGAACCUUUAUUCUCUCGCAACGCUUCAAAAAAUGUGCAAAUUCUACAGACCAGGAGAACAGCAGCAAAAAAAUGCCACCAAAAAAGGCCCAACUGACUGGGCUGCUACUGCUGUGGGUGGCUGCAGGUGCUCUGGUGUUGGGAGAGAGGAAUUCAGGGUGAACCUAAGUAGCUUCCAGGCUUUCCCUCUGCAGGGAGGCGGUCCUCAGGCCGGGGCCAGUUUUUUUCUGGUUGGGUUCUCACUGCUGGUGGUGCCCCUCUUGGAGCUGGGUGCCUUGUCUAAGGAGGCUUCCCUGCAGUGGAUGGAGGUGGACAUACAGAGCUUGUCUCAGGAGGCUGACUUUUGUCCUGGAGGUGCUGCUGUCACUCCACUUGCUGUAGAGAUGAAGGGUGGACUGGACACUUGGCUGCCAGAUGGUUUAUUCGAGAGAGGAUGAGACUUCUGCCCCCGAGUGUGGCUUCGCUGUGACACCUCCAAAGGAGCACUGUGACAUCUGGGGUCCAGUCGCUGCCCUGGGCCCCUCUCACAAGGGAAGGCAAACAAUCCCCGGAGCGCAGCAGGCUGCCAGAAGUCGUGCCUCCUGCUGUGGGGCUCCCCUGGCUGCAGAUCCUGUUUAACGGUCCCGGUGUGCCAAGCCGGUGCCUGGCUUUGGCACGCGUGGCUCCCAGCUCUGCCAGGAGCACCGUGCCUGCCUCCUGCCCGCGGAGGUAGGAGCUCUGCAGCUCCGGGGCUGGAUGCUCUGCUGUUGCUGCUGGCUGCAGUGCCCGUAUCGUGCUGGGAGAGGCAUCGUGGCAGCCAGCAAGGCUUCCGAGCGCUGGCCUUCAGAACGUGGUUUUGUAAGCAAAAUAAACGGCACCACUUUGGCCAAC